AUGGGUCGUACUCGAACCAAGAAGAAGGCUAAAGCCACAGAAUCGAGUUCGAAGAACCCACCAUCAGUGCAAGCUUUACUAGAGAAAGCUGAAUCUCUCAUCGAGCAGUGCGACUAUGAUCUAGCCCUGCGAUUUAUCAAGCGAAUACUGGACCAAGAGCCAAAAAAUGUCGUAGCGAGGGAGAUGCUUGGAGUUGCCUUGCUUGAGACGGGAGAUCUGGUAGAGGCAAAGGAGACAUUUUUGACGCUGAUCCCACCGAACCCUGAUGCCCCUUCGCCUCCACCGCCAUCUGCAUACCUUUACUUAGCUCAGCUGAGCGACGAUGACCCCAAAUCUUCAUUGUCGUACUAUCAGAGCGCGAUCGACGUGUUUGGCGUCCAACUGAAGGGCAAGGAACGGGCAACCGCUGGAGACGGAGCGGGGGAUGAUUCUGAGAUCAAGAGCAACAUUGUCCGAGCACUCAUCGCGAUGGUAGAAAUAUGGAUGGACCCCUCGUACGAUCUAUGUUUCGAGCCGGAUGCGGAGAAGACAUGCGAGGGACUCCUCAAUCAUGCUCUCCAAGUCGACCCAGGGAAUUCCGAGGCUCUCCAAGCUCUUGCUUCAGUGCGCAUGUCUCAAGAACGCCCGGACGAUGCAAAAGCCUGCUUAGAAGAAGCGUGGUCUACAUGGAAGGACCUGGAUCCAGAUGAUCCGCGUCUUCCCCCGCUCUCUUCCCGUCUGUCGAUGGUCAAGCUAUUCCUCGAGCUGGCGCUGUAUACGCCUGCUCUACUCGUACUAAAGGGGAUCAUGGACAAUGAUGAUCAAGACGUUGAAGCGUGGUACCUGGAGGGGUGGUGUUUCUAUCUCAUGUCCGAACAAGCCAAAGAGAGUGGUGGCUCCCUCGAUGAAAUGACUUCGGAAGAACUAGCGAAAGACUCGAGAGAUUGUCUGGAUACGUGUGUGGUUUUACACACAAACCAGGAGCACCCUGAUGAACCGUUACUCGAUCACGCGAAGGAAUUAAUAUCCAAGCUCGAAGCCCUGGGUAUUCAAACUUCGCCGGUAGAAGAAGAAGAACCCGAAGGCGAGGUCGAAUGGGAAGAUGUUGACAGCGAAGACGAGGAUGUGGAGAUGGCUUAG